CUUUGGAGCUGAACAUAAGCGGUGCCAGAGGUCUUCAGGAAGUGAUGCGCACAAAUCUCGGACCAAAGGGUACCUUGAAAAUGCUGGUCUCUGGCUCCGGAGAUAUCAAGCUUACCAAAGAUGGUAACGUAUUGCUCCAUGAAAUGUCCAUCCAGCAUCCUACGGCUUCUAUGAUUGCAAAAGCUUCAACGGCACAAGAUGACGUUACUGGAGAUGGAACUACAUCCACGGUUCUUCUCAUUGGAGAAUUACUUAAACAGGCUGAAACCUACGUCUUGGAGGGUGUACACCCUCGUCUCAUCACUGAAGGUUUUGAGUGGGCUAACUCUCGUACACUUGAACUGCUGGAGAAGUUCAAACAAGAGGUAACCAUUGAUCGCAGUACCUUGAUUGAAGUUGCCCGUACAUCGCUGCGUACUAAACUUCAUCAUAAACUUGCAGACCAUAUCACAGAGUUAGUGAUAACAUGUGUUAUCUUACAAGGGAUAGAAUCUGGUCGAAGUGGCUUUUUCAAACAAAAGUGUACUAUCUUAUAGAG